CCGUCGCAGCUGGGUUAGCAAAAGGCAGGAGGACAGGGAGGGCUGGGUGUUCUAUUAGAGGAGCCCUCGGCUAAAGCCUGCCCAGAGAUCUUCAGGCUGUGUGUGUGCUCGUGGAGAGCUAGGGCUGAUGGGAGACGAACCCGUCCAGCAGUUCUGUGGGGAGGGAGAAGACCACGAUGGACGAUGCAACUGCUGGAGACAGAGGACAAAGACUGGAGUGUCAGCCUCUCUGCCGCGGGCCCACCAGACCUCGGCGGACAGGACCAGCCCCUCGGCCACUUCACUGCCAGGACCGGACUCCUUUUGCCACCCGUGUUAAAUCACGAGGGGACUAAAGCGCCGCCGUUCCGAUUCAAGCAGGAGGUGGUGUUUCGGUGUAGUGUAUGUCUUUCCGCUGCGGCGUCUCAUCGCCAUGGCAGCAGCUCUGCCAGUGUGCUACCACGGCGCCAUCAGCAGGCAAGAGUGUGAGGAGCUGCUGGGAAAGAAGAGCAGGGAUGGAGCUUACCUGAUCCGAGACAGUGAGACCAUCAAAGGAGCCAUGUGUCUGUGUGUCUAUAAAAAGAAGGUGGUGUAUACCUACAGAGUGCUUCAGACACACACCGGACAGUACACUCUCCUGACAGCGGGAGGUUUGGAGCAGACAUUUUAUAAGACGUUGGACGAUCUGAUUCGUAACUUUAAGAGGAAGAACCAGGGUCUGGCCAUGCAGCUGCGGCACUCUGUCAAAAGGAAGACGGCCCUGUUUAUCCGCCCCACGAAAGCACCAGAAAAUCCAGCCGCAGAGGCGUCACGGAUGAAGCAGGAGCCUCUAAUUGAAGAAGAGUAUGACUAUGAGAACGUUCCUGACUCUGACUACGUCAAAGUCCUCCCUGAAUAACUGUGACUUUGACAUUUGGCAUCAAACUCGCCACGAAAGUGCCAGAAAGAUGGUUUUGGGGAAAACCUCCGGACUAUGGGUGCUUAAAAAGGACGACAGGCUCACAGACUGGAUCAAUUUCAGAGUGACAAAUAAUGAACUUGGACAAUGGACACUGGCUUAAGAAAAAAGAUCUUCCUGUAGUCCUGUAAUUAUAUGUUUUUAAUUUCUUCCUGUUUUUAGCCAAUGGGUCGGGGGUCAGUCAACAACAUCUGGAAAGACUGUCAUGAAUUUUCCUUCAGAUGUUCUCGUUUCGCCAGAGGAUGAAUCCUACUGACUUUGGUGGAUCCCCUGACUUUCCCUCCGGUGCCGCCGGCAAGUUGACAUUUGUGGACUUGACAGAAAUGUCCCGACAACUAUCGAAUGUAUUACCAUGAAAUCCGGCGAGCAAAUUCACGCCCUCCUCAGGAUGACUCUUAGUGUUGUUCAAGUAAUCGUCAGUGUUUUACUUUCUUUCAAAAACUUCUCAAAAGAUGUUUGCGGCUCUACUCGGCUGUCAGUUGUUAUGCGUGAAAAAAUCUCACAUCAAAAAAUGGAAACGGACUCUUUACGUCUCACCAUUUUCAGAUGACUAUUGCAAGAUUAUAUGCAUUUGGAAACUCCUGACUCAUAAAGGGAGGCCCUAAUCCAGCAAAAUCUACUCAUAUUGUGGAAGGUCUCCCCUCCAGUCAUCCAACCGAAGGACAGUUUCAACAUUUCAAAUUAAAAAAAGGUUAGAGCUGUGAUAUUCUGGUGAAUGAAGGACUAAAACCAGAUCUGUUUUCACUCUCCUACUGUCAAAAAUCCCUCUACUGCGUGAGAGACUGAAAGGGAAUUUUUGUCUACACGCUGCUGUCCCCCCCCCGUUUUUCAUUUCCUGUCAAACGUACUUUUUACCCUAAUUUUAACAAGUACUGUGAACUUUACAGAACUAGUCAGAUACGUUGUUUCGGUUCUUUGACGCCAAAGAAUCAUGAUCAUAUCUACAGUACUUCUUCUGGGUAGUGGUAUUGCAAUUAUAUCAUAUAAAGCGUAGACUUCCAGCUUUGACUUGUAUGAUCUGGCUUCUGUGUAGCCCGGUGUUGCUUUAUUUUCAAUUCUGUUUAGAGGUGUUUCUGCAGCGGAUGUCGCAUUAAUUGUGCUUUUAUUUUAGUUAUUUAUACAGGAAGGAAAAUAAAAAACAUUUUGCAUUUAUUUUUGUUUGCUGAAGACGUCUAAUAUUUGAUUUUAAUGAAAUUCUUGUUUUUAAGGAGGCAGUCAAUGCACUCGACUCUUCUUCGCACAGCUGAAGGACAGUUUAAAUAUUUCUCAGCCCUGGCCUCACUAGGGCCUCACUUAACGGCAAUCCAAGAUACAAUUUCUUGAUCUUCAAAGGUCAAAUUAAAGUAGAAACAGAGAACUCACAGAGUAGUCACAAAUGUUUGAAUGUUGUAUUUAUCAAAACCUCUCGAACCUGGAGUCCUAUCAGGUCUUACUUUGAUUAUUUUAUCCACUGCCGCACCUGAAGCGAGACAUGACGUGAGAGGAAAGUGAAAAUGUUGUGGUUUUCAUGCGUGUAGCUAUUUUCAGGAGCGGAUGGAUCAGCAGUUGGUGCUCUAGUGAGUAUUUGGCAGCAGG